UGAUUUUAGUGUGUUACAAACUUCCGAACAAACUACAUUUUCAUUGUCUUUGCCAACCAAAAUAUUAGAAUUUCCCUUUUCGCCAGCGACGCAAAAGCCAAAAGCGUUGAAAAAUUCAUUGUUAAUUUUUAGCAAUACCAAAAGCAGAGAUCAAGAUCGCAGUAAGGGAGGCGCAGCGUCGCCAUCCACUCGCAUUAUUCAGAAUGAAUCCCACGAAUCUGGGCAGGCAGAAUGGGGCUCUGGUGCUGGAGGUGCUGAAGGUGCUUGGUCGUCCGGCGACCAGUUUCGAGGUGGCCGAAAGAGUGGCCGACGUGUACAGGCUGCCGCUGCAGCGCAUCCGCCCAGUGGUCACCGACGUCCUCGAGGGCGGAUCACAUCAGGGAUUCUUUAGCAGACUCAAUGGCCGCUAUUCGGUGGUGCAGCCGGUGGUGGAGCAACUGGGCCGGGAUAUUGAUCAGUAUGCAGCUGAUAUUAUGGCUGCGGGGUACAGUGCCGAAGGAUCACUGCCCCAGAUGUCGACCCUGAUGCUCAAGCUACAGAAACUGGACGGAUCUCCGCCCAUGGUGAUGGGGUCCAGGUAUCCCCGAGCGACCUCGGGGGAGCAACGCGAACACAUGCCCUCCGGCGAUGUGUCCCUGGACGCCCGUCUCCUCAUGCUGCCCUUUCCUCGAGUACUGUGAAAAUUCUCCAUCUCUCAAAUUGUACCAGACGGUGAACAGAUUUGUGGUUUGUGCAAAUGGAAAAAUCUGGUGUUCAAUAAAGUCGAGGCAAUGGCUUCGAAUUUGGACCAAGA